CCUCUCGCGAGAUUUCGACGACAGCAAAGAUGGCAGAAGGACACGGAAGGAAGUGGGACCGCUGCUUUGCCGACACAGCGGUGAAAACAGUCACUGGCUUAGGUGUGGGCGUUGUGCUCUCCAUCCUUUUCUUUAAGCGUCGCACGUGGCCUGUUUCCAUGGGCUCAGGUUUGGGGUUGGGAAUGGGAUACAGCAACUGCCAGCGUGACUUCAAGUCACCGUAUCUGAUUCAUGGGCGCGUGGUUAAGGACCAGUAAUGAAGAUGACGGAAGAGCUGCUCAUCUGUUUUGGACUUAUCGUCCACUAAUCCACGUGUUUUUAUCAAAAUGGAAGUCGGUAUAUGUUUAAUAAAGUCAUUAUGUGAAUAAAAAAAACACCCCAAACUC